ACAAAUUGUCCAAAUCCACAACAAACACAAGAGCCAAGCAAGACAAACACCAAUGAUGGACGCGGCUGAGCCUGAAUCGAUCCAGCGCUGGCGUGAGGAGUUUGAGGAGCGCAUCAAGGAGAAGGAUGCCAAGGCCGAAGAGGACAACCAGGCCCUGAAGGAGGAGGGUACCCAGGAACUUGAAGGGCUGCACGACACACACAAGCAGCUUAUUGAGGACAACCUGCAGAAGAACAAGGACGACGAGGAGGCCUUCAUCAACGCACGCGAUGACACGAACCCCGACAACGCGUGGCAGCGGGUGGCGGCGCUCGUGGACUUCUCCACAAAGGCCAACCGCAACCAGCGUGAUGUCGCCCGCAUGCGCUCCGUCCUGCUCCAGCUGAAGCAACACGGCCUCCCCCAGGCCGCCUGAGCAGACAUGGCGCCACGUGACGUGCCUUUGACGUCUUCCACACAGACCCCCCAACACCCAUUCGUCCAUGUCUGUUGUUGUUAACACGCAACGCAGUCUUGUGCCUUCUGUUGUCUCCCUCCCCCCCCCCAACACACACACACACACCACCACCACCACCACCACCUUGUUUCUCCUUGCACCGCCAACGCAUGUGUGACUGACUGUCGCUGUUGUAAUCGAUUACACUGCACCUCAGAAGAGUUCCGCACACAUGCACGUGUAUGCGAGCUAGCGAUCGACCGA